AAAUGGAUACUCAACCAACAACAACAACAACAAUGGCAGCUCCACAUUGAUUUCUUUCCAUUUUUGACGACUACCCAUUAGAAACAGAUCAUCAUCGCAUCAAAAUCAACAACAAUGUCAACAAAUUCAGGGGAUUUUGGAGGCAAAUUUGGGAAAAUGAGGCUUAAAAGCCUCAAAACAAGGGAUGAUAUAUUGACAGUGGAUGAAGAUUACCACACAGGAGUAUCAGCCACAGUGCCAUUCAUAUGGGAGUCCGAGCCAGGCACUCCCAAGGCCAAUUUCAGGGACCAUGGCUCACUCCUUUCCCCUCUCACGCCCCCACCAUCCUAUUUCUCCUCACCCUCACACACACCCUCCAAGCAUAAAUAUAACACCAACCCACAUCCCUCUCGAGCCAAUUUCCUCACCUCGGUUUUCAAGAAGCUUUCUGUGAAUAAGGCUCCUCUCCAUCCGCUCUCUCCCGGCUCGUCGUCGUCGUCGACUUCGUCUACGACACUGACAAGCUCUGAGGGAGAGAGAGGAAGAAGCCCAAGGAGAUUGUCGUUUGAUUCAAGAGUGGACGAGAAUGAGCACGAGGACGAAGAAGAGGAAGAGGAGAAUUUCGACUCGCCCGUUUCGACUUUGUUCUUUGGACGUGGCGGAGGAUCGAGUGAUAAAGGAUGCUAUUGCUAUCCAAAGUUGGUGAAGGUAUUCUCCAAGCAUUGUUCUAAAUGAAAAGUGAUAUCAUUUCCUGGUGUUGUUAUAUACAGAGAUUAAUGUA